UAUAAAUCAAACAAUUAUGAAAAAUCAGUUUCAUGAAUUAACACUUGAGGAAUUUCUUGAAGAGAUAACUAGACAAGAACAAAGUUUUUUCAAGAAAAAAGCAGCUGAAUCUGAGAAAUCUUAUGUUACUGAAAUGUUUGGUGAACUUUAUUUUAGAGAAAAUUCUGAGUCAUCUAUAAGUCACCUUUUUCCUCCAAUGCCAAAACCUUCUUCUCCUAAUAAUGAAAAUGCUAAUAAAGCAUUUAUUUCAGAAGCCGAGUUUGAGAAAAUUAGUAUAAGUGAGAAGCUCCCAAAUGGUGACAUUGCUCUGCAUGUGAAUGAGAUGCAAAUAGGAGAGAAGAAUCAAAAGCUUAAUUAGAAGGAGGAAGAAUAUGGUAAGAAUGUGGCAGCUUAGAAUAGUUAAAAAUAAGUGGACAAACUAUAAUGUAGCUGUAAAAUAAAUGAAGUCAAUGUUCUUGGUUUAAUGGAGUCAAUGUAAAGCAUGUUUAAUUUGUA